AUGCAAAUAUCUCAUAAAACAGAUGUUGAAUCCAAAAAAACAUCUGUUAGUGAAAAAAAGUGAGCCGAAACCAAAAAAUCUGAAAAAUCAUGAACUUAUUUGAAAUUCAGGGAAAAUUCGCCGCAAAAAUCUGGAUUUUCGAAGAAAGUGAUUGCAGCAAUUUCAGCGGUGAUUUUGAUAUUGGUUAUUAUUUCGCUGACUUUCGCCAUUCUCUAUUUUUCAAGAGGAGAAAAAGAAGAAAAACCGGAAACGUUAGCAUUGAAAAAUGGUGAGACUUCAAGACCGGCUACAAUUUCAACUACGCCUGAAACUUCGAAAAUUUCAGUUGAACCUGUUUGCCAAACUGAGGAAUGUGUCAAACUUUCGAAUCGAAUGGUAGAAACAUCUAAAGUCUCCCUAAAUUGAAUCAAUGAAUGCUUUUCAGAAAUCCUUCAUGAACCCUAAAAUCAAUCCUUGCGAUGAUUUCUAUGAAUCAGUUUGUGGAAAUUAUCCGAAAAAUGGAAGCAAUACAGAAGUCGAAAAUGAAUCAGAGGAUUUGAGAGAUUUGAUGAAAUUAUUCCAAACUUUUGAACCAAUCACAAAAUCUGAGAAAAUUGCAAAGACAGUUUUGGAAAAAUGUAUGGAUACAUCGGACAAUAGAGAUCGAUUGAAUAUGAAAUCUUGGGAAAAUUUGACAAAUCAAAAUUUGACCGAUGUUUUGCUUAAGGCUGUCAAACUCAAUCCUAUUGACACUGGAUUUUUGCAAAAUGAAAUUACUAUGAUUCCGACUGCACAUUCUAAUCCAAAACAACGUCUCAUCGCUUACAUAUGUCAAGGAGUUAUGGAAAAUCCAGAAUUGAAAGAACUUUACGACAAAAUCGCGAAUGAAAGCACUUUGCCAGGAGUCGAAAUUAUGGCAUUAGAACCGGCGAAAAAAUUGAUAACAUUUAUGGAUAUGCAAAAAUAUGUGUAUAAUUUGCUACCCAAAAAACAACGUGGAAAAUCAGGUGAUGCAGAUUGGUAUGUUAUGGUGCAAGAAAUGUUCAUUCUGGAGAAAAUUGUGAAUAUUACUGGGGUUGAGAAGAUUAAAGAAAUCAUUCGAGACAAAUGGAAAUCUACAAUGAACAGUUAUUUGGUGAAACCAACAUUUCCAAAUUGUUUCAAAAUAGUGAAACAACUAUUUCCUGGAACGCUAGCAACACUUUUUGUCAAAAACUUUGUCGGCGACAAAAAUCUGUACAAAGGAAAUGAACUAUUCAAAGAUCUUCAAAGAAUGUUUAUUGAAAUGUUGGAUGAAAAUGAUUGGAUGGAUAAAGAUUUGAAAAAUACUUUGAAACAAGAAGUUCUAGAUCUCAAAUCAUCGAUUGGAAUUCCAGAUGAACAUCAAAAUCUAGAACAUAUUGAUGAAAUGUAUUCGAGAGUCGGAGAUUAUGAAGAUCAAUUAUAUUUGGAACUUAUUCAAAAUAUAUUGACAAUGAACAGUGAAGAAACAUUUCUGAGAAUUGCAAAAAGAGAAGAAAUCACAUAUCUUGGAGAAACAAUUCACAUGAAUGCUAAUUAUUUUAAUAAAAAUCAUCGUGCAAGUGAGUUUGACCGAAAAUUCAUCCAAAAAAAAAUCUAACUUUGAAAAAUUUGCAGCCAUCUCUCCAAUGUUUCUCAAUUAUCCAUACAUCGAUAAAAAUCUGCCAGAAUGGAAUACAAUUGCAUCAAUCGGUUCAAUUAUGGCACAUGAAAUUGGACAUGCUUUUGAUGCUUAUGGUUUCUAUAAAAGUCCAAUGAGAAUGAAUAUUGAAAUGUCAACAACAAUGAAGCAAGUAUUCAAAAAUCGUAUUGAUUGCAUCAUCCAAAAAUAUGACAAAUAUAAAUUCCCAGAUGGAACUUUCGUAAGUUCUUCUAAAAUUAUUUUAUUUUUCUUUCAACCAAAUAAUUUUCAGUCGAAUGGAACUCUCACUCAACCAGAAGAUUCUGCAGAUAUGAUUGGAUUCAAUUUAGCUUAUAGAUUGUUCAAAACCCUCGAAUAUCAGAAAAGAUUGCCGAAUCUCGACGAAUAUACACUCGAACAACAAUAUUUCCAAAGAAUGGGACUCGUAAGUUAUAAAUCUCUUAUGAAAUCCAGUUUUUAAAAAUCUUAGGUCUGGUGCACAGCUGAAUUGAAUAAAAAAGAACUCCAAAAUGUGAAAGAAGAUGUUCAUAGUUUUGAAAAAUUUCGUGUCAAUGGAAUGAUGUCAAACUUCGAAGAAUUUUCAAAAGCCUUCAAUUGCCCGAAAAAUAGUCCGAUGAAUCCAGAAAAGAAGUGUCCACUUUUCAAAUGA